GCUUAAUUAGCUUCGCACGAUACGCACGAUGUAUUCCGAUGCGACGAUUUUCUCUUACACGUCAGUAACGCCAGUAAAUAAUUGCGCGGGUCCACCUAUUCCGAACAUCUACGUGUCUAACGAGCUCGAGAUUCGAGAACCUCCGCAACAUUGGUCGAGUCUCGAGUCUCGUUAAAACAAUUCGCGAUUCUCACCUGCAGAUGUAGUGCGGAACCUUUGACGUGGCUCCAUCUCAAGUCGAUAUCUGGAUGGAAACGAAUGACAGAAAGAGAAAUUGUAAGAUGACUUCGAGAUUAUAUAUUUAAACGGACACUGCGAUUGAUGUUGAAGAUUUGAAAAAUAUUGCUCAUGCGACAAUCACAGCUCCAUCAGCUGUUACCUGUUGUAUCAGCUAUGUCAAUAUUCUACCAACAAUUAUUAAAAUACAAAUUAUCUAACUUGAGAUCAAGAAUGUCUCAUGUAGUAUAAAAAAUAGAGCCACGCAUAACGGUUCAGAGGUAGUUGAAAAGUUCUGAUGUAAAGUAUAAGAGUGAAUGUAACGGUAACUGGUUAGUCAAACAGGAGGUCGUCUCUUCUUUAGGCGUAGCACACAGAUUUUUUUACGCUCCUAAUAUCUCAACGAAAAUGUUAUUCAAUGUGAUGACCAUUUGCAUCCUUGUUGCGCUCGGCGCGGCUUAUUUUGUGCCGCGGAAAAUGUGGUAUGUAAUCGGCAUGACUUUGAUCUACCAAAUAAAAUACUACUACAUCGGAGCAAUAUAUCAUUUUGACGAUAUAUUUAACGCAAAAUAUAAUAAGACAGAUCUACCUUCAGUAUCGAAUAAAAUUGCAAUUGUAACUGGUGGUUCUAAAGGUAUAGGAGCGGAAGUAGUUAAGAAAUUGUUACAGUGUGAUAUGGAAGUAAUUAUCGCUUGUAGAACAACUACCGCGGGUGAAAAGCUUAUCCUCGAAAUUAGAAAAUCUGGCAUCACCAGCGGACGGGCAAAGGUUUACAAGCUUGAUAAUUGCUCUCUCGACUCGGUAAGAGAAUUUGCGAAGAAAAUAAAAGCGGAUUAUGACAGAAUUCACAUAUUAAUCAAUAAUGCUGGCGUUAUGUUUAUCCCGUAUAGAGUAACAAAAGACGGUUUCGAAGAACAAUGGGCAGUAAAUUAUUUAUCACAUUUUUUACUAACAUCUCUUCUUCUACCAUUAAUAAAAAUAGGAGGAAAUCCUGAUGAUUGCAGUAGAAUAAUUAAUAUCACUUCAUGCGCUCAUUAUAUAAGUGAUAUAGACUUCGCCUCCAUCAAUAAUAGCUCAAAGGAUACAUUCUUGACGCUAGCAGCGUAUGGACAAAGUAAAUUAGCGCAGACGAUAUUUACAGUAACACUGCAAAAAUUAUUAACAGACAAAUCGUUAAAUGUGCUAGUAUAUUGCGUGCAUCCAGGUAUAGUAAAUACAGAUUUGUUCAAGGAUACUAUAUUAGGCCGUUACAGAUGGCUUAUGAUGGGAUGGAAGACACCUGAGCAAGGAGCUAUUCCAAUAAUAUAUGCCGCAUUGAAUAAAGAUAUUGAAAGAAAAGGUGGGAUAUAUAUUAGUAAUUGCAAAGAAUAUGCUCUUCCUUCAGCAGCUUUAAAAGAGAAAAUCCAAAAACAAUUGUUUGAAUUCUCCUUAAAACAAGUACGGUUAAGCGAUUUUUUCUAAUAUUUGUAACAAAAAUUUACAAUUAUUUAUUUCAUCAUAUAUGUAUGUCGAUAAACCAUUUACAUUUUAAAAACGAUAAAAAAUUAGCAUGUUUUUUACAUUUAAAAAAUCAUGCAUUAAACUUUAUUCUAAUUCUACUCAUAAGAAAAAUGUGUUGAAUACUUUAAAUAUAUAAAAUAUUUGAAUAUACUAAAACAUGCAAGUA